CUGGUGGAGAAACAGAGCCCCGGAAAGGGGUACCUGGCAAACUGUUGAUCGGGGGCCUGGGCUCUGGAGCCAGACAACUUGGACUGCAGGCCUGGGUUGGCUGCUGGCAGGAUGGACACCCUGGAGGAGGUGAUCUGGACCAAUGGGAGCACAGUGUUGCCCCCACCCCUGGCGCCAAACAUCAGUGUGCCUCAUCGCUGUCUGCUGCUGCUCUACGAGGACAUUGGCACCUCGAGGGUCCGGUACUGGGACCUCUUGCUGCUCAUCCCUAACGUGCUGUUCUUCAUCUUCCUGCUCUGGAAGCUUCCGUUUGCUCGGGCCAAGAUUCGCAUCACCUCCAGCCCCAUUUUUAUCACCUUCUACAUCCUGGUGUUCGUGGUAGCGCUGGUGGGCAUCGCCCGGGCCGUGGUGUCCAUGACGGUGAGCACCUCGGACGCUGCUACUGUUGCUGAUAAGAUCCUGUGGGAGAUCACCCGCUUUUUCCUGCUGGCCAUCGAGCUGAGCGUGAUCAUCCUGGGCCUGGCCUUCGGUCACCUGGAGAGCAAAUCAAGCAUCAAGCGGGUGCUGGCGAUCACCACAGUGCUGUCCCUAGCCUACUCUGUCACCCAGGGGACCCUGGAGAUCCUGUACCCCGAUGCCCACCUCUCGGCCGAGGACUUCAACAUCUACGGGCACGGCGGCCGCCAGUUCUGGCUGGUCAGCUCCUGCUUCUUCUUCCUGGUCUACUCUCUGGUGGUCGUGCUCCCCAAGACGCCGCUGAAGGAGCGCAUCUCCCUGCCUUCGCGCAGGAGCUUCUACGUGUACGCCGGCAUCCUGGCGCUGCUCAACCUGCUGCAGGGGCUGGGGAGCGCGCUGCUGUGCUUCGACAUCAUCGAGGGGCUCUGGUGUGUGGACGCCACCACCUUCCUCUACUUCAGCUUCUUCGCGCCGCUCAUCUACGUGGCCUUCCUCCGGGGCUUCUUCGGCUCAGAGCCCAAGAUCCUCUUCUCCUACAAAUGCCAAGUAGACGAGACAGAGGAGCCGGACGUGCACCUGCCCCAGCCCUAUGCCGUGGCCCGGCGGGAGGGCCUGGAGGCGGCAGGGGCUGCUGGGGCCUCUGCCGCCUGCUACUCGAGCACACAGUUUGACUCGGCUGGCGGGGUGGCCUACCUGGACGACAUUGCCUCCAUGCCCUGCCAUACCGGCAGCAUCAACAGCACAGACAGUGAGCGCUGGAAGGCCAUCAAUGCCUGAGAAUGGCCACCCUGGCAGGACGGCCCACCAGGGCUUGUGGAGGACAAGCCAGAGGAGAGGCCAGCAGGCCCGGAGCCCCAGCUGGAAGAGAAUGAGGACCAGGCUGCAGGGCCUCGGGGCGGGGCAGGCCCUGUCCACACCUGAGUCUAGAGGCCUCCUCCCCCUUGGCCACCUCUGCUCUCACCAAGGACUGUCCCCCACUUCUGCCUGCUUGUGUCUUCCCAGAGCCAGACCUAGCUAGGCUGGUGAGGGCACCUUCUUUCUCCAGAGCCUUGUCACCGAGGUGGUCUGGUCCUCCUCACCCCUCUGCCCAUCCCCACGGUGCUUCGGUCUCAGAGCCUUCCGUGGUGGGUGGGCUGGAGUGUAUAUUUUCUUGAUCUAUUUUUUAAUAAAAAGGAAAAGGAGCAGG